UCUAUGUUUCAGGAUAAAAAUGAAUCUAAAAUUUUUUUAUAUUAUUUCAAUUUUAUGGAACUUAAAAUAUAUUUUAACGUCUACUUCUGGUUAUGGUAAUGAAAUAUUAUAUUUAAUUGACUCAGUAAAUCACAUUAUGUAUCAUAGUCAAUUUCAAGAGAAAUUUAAUUUAUGGGAUAAUAUAAUCAAAACAGACGAUUCUGAAAAAUUACUAAACACACCAUUGAAUCAACAUAUUAAUGAAUGUAUUCGUAUACCUCAAAUAUUUAACUCUAUAAUAAGUUCAAUAAAUAUCAGAUAUGCGAAAUUAAUGAAAUUAUAUGACGGCCAUAUGAAGACGAUGAUAAAUGAAUGUGAAAAUUAUUAUAAUAAGAAUUUAUUUGACAAAUUUGUUGAAUGCACUAAAUUAAUUCAAGAAGUUAUUGUAAAAUCAGAAUCUAUGUUUCAAACUUUAAAUGAUAUUUUGUUAUUUAUCAUAAAUUUGAACCUAAAAUCUAUAUUCCCUGAAUACGAAGCUCCAAAUACAGUAAUUAACGAGAUUAAAUAUUUUAUUACAUUCAUUCUAUCAAAGGAAAAACUAUGUGAGAUUACUUACAUUAAAUCAAAUGGAGAAUUUGAUACAGAUGAAGCUUGCGGGGAUCUUUUAAAUGUCAAACAUUUCCAUACCGAAGUAAAUCAUAUGCUUCAAAAUUUUCCAUUUUCAGAUAAAUCCAGCAAUAUUAAUAGUAAUUUUGUUCGUAAAUGUUUGUUAGAAAAGUACAACGAAAAAUACUUUUUACCGCAAGAAAAUUAUAAAAGUUUUGUUCAAUUUAUUUAUGAUAAUCUCAUUAUAUUUUAUAAGGAAACUAUUGAAAAUGAGAAUAAUAAUCUCGGAUAUCAAGAAUUAUUACAUCCAACUGUACCUGGGAUAAAAAUGAAUCUAAAAUUUUUUUAUAUUAUUUCAAUUUUAUGGAACUUAAAAUAUAUUUUAACGUCCACUUCUGGUAAUUAUGAUGUAAUAUUAUAUUUAAUUGACUCAGUAAAUCACAUUAUGUAUCAUAGUCAAUUUCAAGAGAAAUUUAAUUUAUGGGAUAAUAUAAUCAAAAUAGACGAUUCUGAAAAAUUAUUAAACAAACCAUUGAAUCAAAAUAAUAAUGAAAUUAAUCUUAUACCUCAAAUAUUUAACUCUAUAAUAAGUUCAAUAAAUAUCAGAUAUGCGAAAUUAUUGAAAUUAUAUGACGGCCAUAUAAAGACGAUGAUAAAUGAAUGUGAAAAUUAUUAUAAUAAAAAAUCAUUUCACAAAUUUGUUGAAUGCACUAAAUUAAUUCAAGAAGUUAUUGUAAAUUCAGAAUCUAUGUUUCAAACUUUAAAUGAUAUUUUGUUAUUUAUCAUAAAUUUGAACCUAAAAUCUAUAUUCCCUGAAUACGAAGCUCCAAAUACAGUAAUUAACGAGAUUAAAUAUUUUAUUACAUUCAUUCUAUCAAAAGAAAAACGAUGUGAGAUUACUUACAUUAAAUCAAAUAGAGAAUUUGAUACAGAUGAAGCUUGCGGGGAUCUUUUAAAUGUCAAACAUUUCCAUACUGAAGUAAAUCAUAUGCUUCAAAAUUUUCUAUUUUCAGAUAAAUCCAGCAAUAUAACUAGUAAUUUUGUUCGUAAAUGUUUGUUAGAAAAGUACAACGAAAAAUACUUUUUACCGCAAGAAAAUGAUAAAAGUUUUGUUCAAUUUAUUUAUGAUAAUCUCAUUAUAUUUUAUAAGGAAACUAUUGAAAAUGAGAAUAAUAAUCUCGGAUAUCAAGAAUUAUUACAUCCAACUGUACCUGGACUUGUGCCACCAUUGAAAGUUGAAACUACCGAACAUAGAACUAUUGCAUUAAACAAAUUAUUUGCAAAACAAAAUUUUGAGCCAUUUAAAAAUAUUAAAAUUAUCUUAGAAAAUUUUGAAAAAAUAGACGCGAGUAUAUUAUUUCAAAAUGAAGUGAACUCCGAAAACUUAACCCAAAUAGAAACAUAUUUUGAACAAUUUCUGAGGUGUAGGUACAUUGAAAUAAUUAAAAAUUAUAGCAUUAUCUUGACUACCAUAAUUAACUCAUUUAGAGAUAGCAAAUUAAUAGGUACUAAUAAUCAGCCUAUACUAUGCAUAAAUCAACUACGCUUAUCAGUAUCGUUGUCUAUUAAUAUGCUAAAAUCCUUAUUAUCUGCAAUGGCAAUACUAAAAAAAACAUGUAUUUGGGAAUAUAACAAAAAAGCCCCAAAUUGUUUAAAAAAAUUAGCUAGUCAUAUAACGGAAUAUGUUUACGACUUAAAAGCUCUCAAUAUUUGUUCAUCUGAAAGUACAAAAACCAUGAAUGAAGUAAAAGCAAAGACGUAUAUUGACCAAUUAUCUAGGUUCCACGAAAAGUUAAAAAAAGGCUUACGAUAUGAAAUGCCUUUAAACACAAAAUAUCAAUGCGAAUUUUCAAAGGCAUUUGUACAUCCAAUAAAACUUAAACGUUUAUUUAUAAAAUCAAAGAAGAGUUCAACCAAAUGUAAUCAUUCUAUUUCUGAACAUAUUUGCAUAUAUAUGAAUAAAUUUUGUGAAAAAAUUAUUAAUACUGAUUACGAAUUUCUAGGCUUUAGAGAAUUAAUAUAAUAAAUAAAAAUUAUCGAUUAAUUUUUUAUUUUGCGAUUAAAUAGGUAAUAAAAUAAGAGAAUACAGGAAAGGGUGUUCAAAUAGCAAUUGAAAUAAAUCAAUUAUUACAAACAAGUGAAAUAAUAACUCUUACAUAUUGAAUAUAUAAACUAUACAAGUUUUUUGGAAUAGGAUUGGUUUAAGGGAUAAUUAUAAAAAGAAAGUUAUAAUUUUGAAUCCCACUUGUGGGCAGGUAAAGAGUUAAGAGUAUAAAGAUUUAUAAAAACGGUAGCACAGUGGUGUCGAGGCACAGUGUGGACGAGGCAUAGAUGGGACAAGUAUAGAUGAUAUCUGACAGUGAUUAAAAUCACUAUCAUAAGAAACGCUUCGAUGCAAAUCUGUAGAUAGUGUUUCCUUUAGAGAAAUUGGUGAAAUAUUUUAAAAGCAACAUGAACUCUUAUUUCUUUAAUUAUAUCCUGAUUAGUAGUUCUUUGAUUUUAAAAUAUAAUAUAUGAAUAAAUACUAAUUAUAGUUUUUAAAUUUAGUAUGAAAUUGUGAGGCCAGCUAUGAUGUAUGGUUCAUAGUGUUGGGCGGUUGAUAAGAAAGUAGAGCAGAGAAUAAGUGUAGCAGAGAUGAGAAUGCUUAGUUGGAUGAGUGGAGUGACUAGAGAAGAUAGGAUAAGGAACGAGCAUAUAAGAGGAAGUAUAGGUGUUGCGUCAAUCGUGGAUAAGAUGACAGAAAAUAGACUUAGAUUGUUUAGUCAUGGUAUGAGGAAAGAAGAAUCGAAAGCUGUAAGAACAGUUAUAGAAAUGAAUGUUGAAGGAAGAAGAGAUAGAGGAAGACCAAAAAAGAGAUGGAGGGAUGCUAUUGAAUGCGAUUUGAGGACAGCUGAUGUGAGCGUAGAAGAUGUGGGAGAUCGUGUCAAGUGGAAGCUUAGGAUAAGGGUGGCCGACCCCAAGUAGUUGGGAUUAAGGCAAAGAAAAAGAAAAAUAUUACCAGAAAUUCCGGUGGCAAUUGACAUAAUAUGAUUGUAGUUUCGGAAUGUACAAUUUAGCGUUUAGUUGGGUUUAAAUAAUAUAGCGUCAAAUCAAUUACCUACUCUAUCGCUUGUAUAUUAAUAUACACUACACUUUAAUGAUACAAUAAAUAAAUAAACUCACACAUACACACAUAUGCAUUUAUAACAUUGUGUCUAACGUAAGUGUAACAUGAUAAAAAGUAACCGUAAAAUGAAAAAAAUGGAAUAUAAAUUUUAGUACUCAUAUUAAAUGUAAUGUAACUCGAAAAAUAUUUGUUUAAAUGAAAAAAUAUAAGAUAAUUUUUUUGUUUAUAAUUGUCUUUUAAACA